GUCAGCUAAUUAAUUUCCAAGAGUUUCUUAGCAACCAGUCUACAAAAGAUCCAAGAUAUGGCUCAAAUUCAAUUCAGGACCAGUAGGAUUGCAACACCACUUGAACACGCUACUGCAGAACAGUUUUACAGUGUCUUUAACAAGCCGCCAUACCGCAUACGUGAAAUCUGCAGUCAGAUUGGGAUCAACAUUCAAUCUGCCACUGAAAAAAGCGCGACGAUUCAAUUCCAAACUUCCGAUGGUGCCAUCAAAACAGUCGAAGGUACAGUGGAAAGGUCGGCAGACGACCCCUCGAGAACCGUGAGAUUCUUAACAUCGGAAGCAAACACAGUACCGGACAGCGUCCACGAGCUCAAAUUGGAGGUUACAGAUGAUAGCAACCCUAGUGCAAAAUGGAUGGUCUCUAAUAUGCACUGCUCAACUCCUUAUGAUUACCUCCAACUUUUGGUUUCUGUCAGCAAGGCUGUUGAUAAUUACUUUAGGCAAAAUUAGCCAGCAUAAUAGAACAUGCAUGCAUGCCCUUUCUAAUAUGUCGUGUUACUAGUAUUUGUAUUGAGAAAUAAAAUUCCGAGAGGUGCAUACGUACAUGCAUGUUCCCAUCAGCUCAUAAUUAAGAUGUACUGCGUCUUGUCUAGCUAGCUACCAUAUUCACUGAGAUGGCAAGGUGCUUGGCUCUUGAUGUGCUUACCUUUCAAUUGAAGGUGCAGCAUGAAAGGGCAACGCCUUCAUAAUCAUGUGGGUAUUUAUGUAAUAAAGCUAGCCACCCCUCUAUGUAUCUUGUUUGUGUCGAUUUAAAUUAAUAAUAUGUGUGCCUUAAUUACUUAAAACUAAA